UUACGAAGAAAAUAUACUAUGGCUGAAAAAUAAUUGUAAACCGUGGCAAACUGUGACUGAAUACUGGUCUUUGACUUCAAAGAUGCGAUUAAAAGCUCUUCAAAGAAAUAAUCAGUCUUGUAACGAAUAUAUGAUUCAAUUUCCAGCUCUUUUUGAUCCUUUAGGCUACGUAUUACUAGAGAAAGAUUUCGAAACAUUGUAUCCAAAUUGUACUUUAAAAUUGUAUGCUGCUUGGAAAAAAAUAUCAAACUUUGUAAUCAGUAAGGUACCAUCUAAAGUGAAGAACCGUCUUGAUAAUGUAUUUACGCCAGGUAAAAUAUUUAUUGUCUCUUUUCAUACACAAUAACUUGUUAUAUUCUUAAUAUAAAUAUUUAUUUCGAUAGAUAGUACGCAAAUUGUAACUUUACUUUUGAUGCCUUAUUUGUUUCCUGUGAACACGAUAAGAAAUGGCAAAGCACAAAAUUGGAGGCCUUCUAGAAAAGAAUCUGAAGAAGGAUUUCUUCUGCAUGUAAAAAUAAUAGCAGAUCUUGAAACAACAUUAGAGGAACGAACGGCAAAAUUGCGAUCACUUGGUCAGCCAUCACAACCUGUUGCAGUAAUAAUAGGUCCUUCUUUCGAUGAAAUCAAACAGUGUUUCGUCGUCAUUGAUAUAUUUAGAUAUGAAGUGGAAACACCUCUAAAAACCGUGGACCUUGUCUUCAAAUUAUGUAACGCUUUAAACAUUCGAUAUCCUGUAGAGGUAGGACAACUGUUUAUGUUUUUACAAAGAGCUGUAUAUGAAUUUGAUACUUUGUGGGAUAAACAUAAAAAUUCGCAACUGACUUCUUCAGUUUUGGCGACUAUUCAAGAAUAUAAAUCAUUUUAAGUUUAAUUUAUUUUGGAAAAUACACUUGCAUCAUGCCUACUUGCUUUUUGUGCAAAGAAACUGUACAAUCUGUAAACAGUUUGUUAACGCAUUUCACGGUCAAACAUUAUGUCAAUUCAUUCACUGUAUUUAAAUGCGGUGAAAAUGGAUGCGUUAGAGAAUGGUCUUCUUGGAAGUCAUUACGAAAACACUUGCUUGGAUCAAUUCAUAAUUUUUCUUUAUGACCUACGAUUAUGAAUAAUACUUAUGAGCAACCUACUGCUAAUACAAAAAUUACCGAGAAAUUUGUAAUUCAUGAAAAUAUGAAUAUUGAUGAAAUAUUCUCACUAGAAAAUGCUAUUAGUGAGAAUUUAUUGGUAACUCCAGCCCAGUUUAAAUCACUCGUAAAAAAUCGUUCCGAUGCUUUUGUUGCAAAAUUAUACAACACUUCUUCCAUUCCACGAAAUCACAUUCAAUCACUUAUUGAGGAUACCACAUUAUUUCUAACAAGUGGCCAUAUUUCUGUGUUAAAAGAAAAAGUUUUUUCACAAUUAAAUGCACUUGGUUCUAAUAAUGAAAUAAUACAAGAUAUUACAUUAAUGUUUAAUACAGUAGAAGAUCCUUUUCAUCAUCUUAGUACCGAAUACAAACGUAAAGAAUAUUUUAAAUCAUGUGGUAAUUAUAUAGCUCCUAUUGAAUAUUGUAUAGGUAAAAGAAGAGUACGUAAAAAUACUGGAUCAUGUAUUGUGGAACGUAUGAAAAAUGUUUGCGGUUACUUCAUACCUCUAACGCAAACGUUACAAAAAUUUUUUGAGUUGCCUGAUGCUUUUACUGCUACAAUACAUUAUAUUAAUUCGCUCAGAAAUUCAGAUACCAUUACAAACUUUAUUCAAUCUAAACUUUGGUAUGAUAAAAGAAAAAACUUUGAAGAUGAUGCUAUUGUUUUUCCAUUGUUUAUAUAUUAUGAUGAUUGGGAAGUUAAUAACCCAUUGGGAUCCCAUAGUACUUGUCUUGGAGGAGUAUAUUAUUACAUACCGUGUUUGCCACCUGAAUGUGUAUCUCGAUUGGAAAAUAUUUUUUUAGCUCUCUUGUUUAACACAGAAGACCGUAAAGAAUUUGGAAAUAAACAAACAUUUGCACCUUUAAUUGAAGAAUUGAUUGUUUUGGAACAAGUCGGAAUAACAGUUACUGUUAAUGGAAAUCAGUAUAAAAUUUAUUUUGUGCUAAGUUUACUGUUGGAAGAUAAUUUAGGCCUUCAUGCUAUGUGUGGAUUCGUUGAAAGUUUUCGAGCUAAUUAUACAUGUCGAUUUUGCAAAAUUCAUCGUAACAUUUCUCAAACUACUUGUCUUGAGGAUGAUUAUAUUCUCAGAACACGUGAAUCGUAUAAUGUUGAUUUGGCUUCAGCAAACUGUUCAAUUAAUGGGAUCAAAGAGGAAUGUGUCUUUCAUGCAAUCACUUCAUUUCAUGUUGUAGACAAUGCUUACGUUGAUAUCAUGCAUGAUGUUUUAGAAGGUAUCGCUCAUUACGAUAUGAUCCCAAUAACAAAUCAUUUUAUUCAGAUUGGUGAUUUUACUUUAUCAGGUCUUAAUUAUAGUCUGCAAAUGUUUCAUUAUGGUCCUAAUAUACAAAACAAAUCACCUAGUAUUUCAGAUGAUUUUGCAACAAAAAAUAAAUUUAAAAUGACAGCUUCGGAAAUGUUGACAUUUUAUAAACUUUUUGGAGUAAUUAUUGGACAUAAAGUAAAAUCGUGUAAUAAUCCAUUUUGGAAAUUAUACUUAUUAUUAAAAGAAAUAAUUGAAUUUAUUUUCAGUAAAUCGGUAUCACAAGAAUCUGCUUCUGCAUUCAAAAUAUUAGUAGAAGAGCAUCAUAAUCAAUACUUGAAAUGCACAAAGCAAUAUUUGAAACCAAAACAUCAUAAUCUCAUUCAUUACGCAAGAGUCAUGAUGCAAUGUGGACCACUUGUUUCUUUAUCUGUAAUUAGACUUGAAGGUUUUCAUAAAGCUCUUAAAAAAAUUUCGAAUGUUGUCAUGUCAAGGCAAAAUAUUGCCUUUUCGAUUGUUACUCGAUAUCAAUUUUUAUUUUGCUAUAGACUUAUGGCUAAAGAAAGUAUUCUUCCAAAUAUUCAAACAGGAUCAGGAAAUAUCAUUGAUAUUAGUGAAAAUCAUCAUUUUGAUAAUUUUAUGUUAUCACUACCAAAUGAUAUAAACUAUAAUGCAUGUUUUGUUACUAAUUGGGUCAAUUAUAAAGGUACUCGGUACCAAUCUAAAAUGGUAUUAUUUUGUGGAAUAGAUGAAAGUUCUUGUCCCGUUUUUGCGGAAAUUCAGUUUAUUAUUAUUCAUAAUAAUAGUCCACUUUUUAUUUGUUCUUCUCUUAUAAAUAUAGGUUUGAAUUGUAAUAUUGGUGGUUUCGAAGUAGAACAAAGUACAAAGUGGCUAUCAAUUAAAUAUGAAGAUUUAGUCGAUCCUUUUCCUUUGUUCAUAUAUACUAUGGGCAAUGAGGAAAGUUAUAUUAUUUUACAUUAUUCCGUUUAAUUUCAUACUCUUCAUGAUAUCCUGAUCCUGAAUAUUAAUAUUUUUUUAUGUAUUGUGCAUUGAUUUUAUAAUUUUUUACUAAAGUAAUUUUUUACUUAAAGUAUACGUUGAACGCGAAUCUUCCUGUUUAAUAAGUUUCUCAGGGUGGAUAGAUAUACUUCACGCAUAGUAAAUUCUUUACAUCAAAUCCUUUUAUUCUUAUCUGAAUUUAUCAUAAGCGCUCUUUGAUUUAAUAAUUAAUCCUCUGCUACUUUCAGCUUUACAUUUCAUUAAAUAUUAAAAAAUGUGACAAAUGUGUUUUAAUUAAUAAAUUACUUAAUAAAAAUAUUGAGAGCGACACCAAUAUUGUUUUAACAUAGAAAUUUUUCACAUUUUCAUAAAUUUUAGAACA